AUGACCCGAAUAGACGUUCUCAUUAUUGGUGCAGGGCCAACUGGUCUCGUGCUUGCUCUUUGGCUCCAUAAACAGGGCAUCACAGUUCGUAUCGUCGACAUAGCAGAAGGCCCAGCAAAACACUCCCGGGCCAUUGUUAUCCAUGCUCGUAUCCUAGAACUAUAUCGGCAGCUCAAUUUGGUUGAGGAAUUACAAGCUAGCGGAUAUCAGCUACCAGCGACAAACAUCUGGGUUGGCGGCCAACAUCGUGCGCGCAUCGGGCUGUCAGAAGUUGGCAAAGACCUGACCCCAUAUCCAUACAUUUUGAUGCUUCCGCAGGAUGACCAUGAGCGCAUCCUGGAAAACAAACUUCAGUCCCUUGGAGUCCUGGUGGAGCGAAACACAGAGUUCACAGAGUAUGUGGAUCAUGGAUCCAGUGUUACCGCAACUUUGCGCCGAAAGAUCGAUGGAAGCGAGAUAGCCUGUGAAGCAGCAUAUAUUGUUGGUUGUGACGGAGCGCAUUCACCAGUUCGACGCGGCAUAGAUGCCAAAUACGAGGGCGAGACGUAUGUCCCUUUGUUCUAUAUUGCCGACAUCGAAGCCGAAGAUUACGACAGCCCUCUUCUUAACGGCGAAGGCCAUUUGAGAAUCCGGGACGAGAGAUUUACCAUGUUACUUCCUUUAAAUGAUAGCAGAAAUUUCAGAUUGGCUGGUAUCAUCAUUGCAGAUGGAGAUCAGAAAGUCGACAUGUCGACCCCUCAUCCACAUGUCACUUUCGAAGAUGUGCUGCCAGAUAUCAAGAGGUCAUCAGGAAUCAGAAUCAAAAAGCUGAAUUGGUUCACGACAUACCGGAUCCAUCACCGCGUUGCCGAAUCAUUUCAUAAACACCGGGCAUUCCUCGUUGGUGAUGCUGCUCACAUCCACAGCCCCGUGGGUGGACAAGGCAUGAACACCGGUAUCAUGGACGCUAUCAAUCUCGCUUGGAAGCUCGCCACUGUGAUAAAACACCCCGACAUGAAAGAAGAAUUACAAAAUAAGCUCCUGGAUUCAUAUGAGACUGAACGCCGUGCUUUCGCGCUCGACGUCAUUGGCACGACUGAUCACGGCUUUACCAUUCUCACAGGCCAAGGAUUAUUACCACGUCUAUUGCGGAAUUGGAUUAUCCCAUAUAUGUUCCCAAUUAUCAUGAAGUUCAAUUCCGGGAGAACUCGAAUUUUCCGAGGUGUCUCCCAACUCGUGUGCACUUACCGCGGAGGUCCACUGAGCCAGGUCGCCGUUGGCUCUGAAACAAUACAACCGGGAGACCGCCUACCAUGGGCGAAGACAGAAGCGACGGACAAUUACUCGACUAUCCAUCACAUCUCCUGGCAACUCCAUAUUUACGGUGAUCAGCGACCCGACCUGGAGAAGUGGUGCAGUGCACACAGUAUCCAGCUCACCGUCUUCGCGUGGGAUCCGCACCACGGCAAACUUGGUUUUAAGGAAGAUGCGGCAUAUUUAUUGCGACCGGAUCAGUAUAUUGCUGGCAUAUAUGAAGGUGCUUCAAUUCAAUCAAGUCUGGAGGACUAUCUUUCUUCUCAUGGCCUGUUGUUUUAG